AUGAGCUUCGCUAACGAUCUUUGGGAUAAAUUUGAACAAGUAUCAAGACUUUCACAAGAAAAUAGAAAAGUGUUUGAAGAUUUUAUAGAUCUCUUCUAAGAAAGAGCAUAGGCAGAAGAGUCUUAUUCAAAAACUAUGGAAAAAUUAACUAUUAGAUUGCAGAACUUAUAGAUAGGAAAAACUUAAGGAGUUUAGAACAUUAUUAGUAGCCUUAAAACAAACUUUAUGAAUAGAUCAGAGCAGGCUAAGGCUUUAAGUGAGCAGAUAUAAGUUGAAAUAUUAGAAAAGUCAAGGCAAAUUAUUAAUGAAUAAAACAACACUUCUAAAAAAUUAAUUUCAGAUGGCAGAAAAUUCGAAAAAGAUCUGAAAACUGCUUAGGAAAAUUUAGAUAAGGCAAAACUAAAGUUUUUAAGAGCUGAAAGAGAAGCAUAGAGCUGCUAAAUACAAGAUGAAAUUCUCAAGCUUUCUCAGGACAUAUCAUCUGAAAAAAGACAGAAGCAAGCACAAAAGACAAAGCAAUGUCUAUCUGAAGUAAAGGAGUUAGAUUAGUAAUAUAAAUACUACUUGCUUGAGUUUAACAAUACUCUUGACUUAUUUUAUGAGCAAAUGAAUAGAAUACAAAAUAGCUUGCAAGAUUAUGAAUGCCAAAGAAUAAACCAAAUGAAAGACUCUGUUAUGAAAAAUUUAGUAUUUGAAACAUCAUACAUAAAGAACAUAGAAUAUGAUAUUGAUAACAUCAGUGAAAAAUUAGGAUAAGUAGAAGCACAAAAAGACGUCUAAGAAAUUAUUAGCAGAAACUAGAGUAAAAGGCCAAAAUAAGAACAAAUAAAAUAUGAACCUUACAUAUCUUUCAUUGGCAAGACAAUUCAGUCGUUAGAAUUAAAAUAUAAAAAGCUAAACACAGAAGAUGUUAUUGAAGAAUAUUUAUCAUAUAAAACCAAUCCCUAGCCUCAAUCUGAAUUUGCUAGUGAUUAAUUAAAUUAAGAAUUAAAGUCUUAGUGUGAUGCUAUUUACAGAUAAUAUUAAGAAAUACUCUAAGAUUCUGACAAGGAAAAAGCUUUUUUUGAUGAUAUUGAAGAAUCUUUAGAUUCAAAUUAAUUAGGAAGAAUAGUUUGGAGCUACUGCUUUAAUUUUUAUAGAAUGAAGGGUACAAGUGAAUUAACAAGCAUCUAAUUCAAAAAUAUUACAUAGAUAUUUAAUAGCCUGCUUGAUAAUUGCUUCAAAAACAAAGAUUCAAUAACAGCAAAAAGAUUGAUUUUACUAAGCUUUUCAUUUUACACAACUCAAGAGAGUUUAGAUUUUAAGAAGCUUAGGAAGCAUUCAGAUGAGUAGAUAUAAGAACUUAUGGAUGAGUUGCAAAAGAGUAAAGUAGAUUUAGAAAACAAAUCAUAGUCUAUGCCAGCAAACUAGAACUAAAACAAGGAGGAGGAAGAGUAAGAAGAAGAAGAGUAGAAAAUAAAUGUAAAUGAAGUUAACAAAAAUGAUAAAAAUAUGCAAAUUAGAAAAAAAUCAAAUAAUGAUGAAUAAAUAGAAGAGGAAAAAGUAGAUUAAAACUAGAUAUUAAAUGCAAAUAAAUAAGAUUCAGUGGCUUCAUAACUAGAAUUUGAAAUGGAAAAACGAAAUUCGAAAAAUAUUGUAGUACCUGAUGGAGUUCCAGAAAAUAGUGAAGAUUUAUCAUCACUAAGUCUUUUGGAAGCAUAAAAUUAAAAAGAGAUUCUGAGAAUAUUCAAACCUGAAGUUCCUAUUAAGAAAGAAAAAAUAUAUAUUUAAUACCAGCUUAUGAAUCACAUAAUUAUAAAAAGCAAAGAUUUCUGGGAAAGUUGUGCAUUUGAAAGCGUGGUCUCAGAGCUACAAAUAAAAAGUAGGAGAAAGAUAGAAAAAAAAGAGAAUUUUGAUUAUACCAAAGAUAAGUAUAUCAUUUUUGGCUAACUAGCUUCUGUAUCACAUCAUAUGCUUAUAUUCAAUUUUGAAAAGCGUGAAAUAAAAGACAUAAUCUAAAGGUAUUCACGCUAUUUCUCUCUUCCUGAAGAUUAGCUCAACGAUUUAAUGUUUACAGUGGAAAACCAUGUCUAAAAGGUACCUCUUAAUAACAUUAAUUAUGAUAAUUAAGCUAUAGAAUAAUCUAGUGGAAACUUUCUAAAAGAUUUAGGAUCAUUUUUAAAAAUAUGA